GAUGUUUGCGUCCUGUCAGUGCGACACACGUAACGUUAAAUCAAACUAAACAAUAAGGAAGCGCUGUAACGUUACUCGUCAUAUUUCUCGGUGAUGUGAUCGAGGCUACGUGCGGUACUAGUAGCCGGUUAAUCAACAGAGAAUAUGAGCUACGGCCAGCUUCGUUCUCUCCGAGCGAGCUUUUGUCAGCAGCACUGAAUUGUCGGUGUGCUUACAGCGUCGACUCGCACAGUCAAUGAGCCCCGGAGAGGACCAGCUAACCCCGCGGCUCCCCGUGUCCCCCCCCACUCUGAGGUCAGCAAGCCUGCGAGCUUUUGGUUUCCGACCCGUCGACUUCAGACUUUGAACACGUGACGACGAUGCUUCUAAAACCGAUAAGGACCUGUGUGCUCGGGUCUUUGCAUGAGGGAGGCAAGCGCUAGCUUUACACCGGCUUCCUUUCUUUCUUCAGGUUCGGACCAUCUCUUGAGUUUCUCCGACAUGGCGGCGCGACAAACGGAGCACCGGCACACCGCAGACGCCGAGGGACCAGAAGCUCACAUCGCUGCCUCCGAUGAGGGCAAACCGGAGGAAACCAACCAGAGGCUCUCGGAGGCUGGAGAGAGGAUGGUGCCUCCAGCAGAAGGUUCUUCGCCUCCAGAAGAUGCAACGCCGACUGUGGAGGACCAAAGAAACGCGCUUUGGGCUGAUGAAGAAAGUCAGGGGGAUCACACGAGGCAGGUACCAGCAAAUGAACAACGGCCCAAGACCACGGAGAAGAUUCCAAGCGACGCCCUGCAGACAACCAGCACGCUUACCCUGGAUGGCAAAGAUGAUGGAGGCGUUGAGAAACCCUCCGACUCCAACACCCCUGACUCUGAUGCUGGAGGCGGUGACGUAGUAGAUGAAGCCGUUAAAGAAACCCCCGCCUCCACCGCCCCAGACACUGAUACCAGAGAAGCCGAUGAAAGCUCCCCGGGGAAGGAAGAAAAAGUCACAGAGGAGAGAAACACCAUCUCCGCUCAGAGGGUGGAAUGUGUUGAAACCAUUGGUCCUACCCCUGAGACUGCUGAUGUUCCACCUGCAGCGGUUAAUGACCAUGUUAUUGAUAAUCGUAGAGGAACAACACUGUUGAUAGCAGCUGGUUUGUUGGUGUUAGGGAUUGCCGUCCUGUGGCAGCAUCUCCUCCAAUCCCAGUCUCCACCUCACGAAGAUGAAAUGCGGCCAAAAGACAUCUUCCUCAGGCAGCUGGAAAAGGUAAAGACUCAGUUCCCCCAUCAGCGCGCGGAGGUCUGGAGCAGGAGCCAGAUCCACCUGCUGAGGCACCUCCAAACGGCCCAGCCCACUGAGCCGGUCAGUCUGAUCCUGACCGCGGGCCGCGGAGGCGAGAGGACACUGCGCUGCCUGGCUCAGAGGCUGGCCUCCGCCUUCUCGUCUGCCCUCAACGCCUCCGUCCUCCACAUCGACGGGGCCAGCGAGGCCAGCCAGGACAGCGACCAGGUCAAGCUGGACAUCGACAGCAAGUUGCAGGGAGCCUUCGAGGGCGACAAGCCCGUGGCCGUCAUUAACCGCUUCGAGGAGCUGCCCCCGGGCGCCACGCUCAUUUUUUAUCGCUACUGCGACCACGAGAACGCCGCCUACAAGAAGGCUUUUAUGAUCUUCACAGUGCUGCUGGGGGGGGAGGAGGAGAUCCCCGCUGAGACUCGUUUGACUGCCGUGGAAGAGAUGGUGGACGACCAUCUGCAGAAGAAGUUCCUCUCCGAAGGCCAUCCGGUAUCUUUUGACAGGAUGGACCUCGACAAGUACGGUGGACUGUGGAGCCGUAUUUCUCACCUCAUCCUGCCUGUGGCAGCGGAGCAAAAGAUCGAACACGAAGGGUGCUGAGGGACGUAAACAGUCCCUCUUGAACUUUUAAUCCCAGCACUUAAGUACCGCCUGUCUGUUGCUGAGUGACUCCAGUCAUUCUGGGGCUCGUAGCUGUGGUUCCAAACACCCACAAGCUUUUUACAAUUACUACAAUGAAGCUUACUACAGAUCAAGGUAUCAAGUAUAAAUGAAACACUUGCAUUUUCUGAAGAUUAGGCUUUGGGAUGUUUGGGGGGGUAAAAAAUAAAUUCAGGACUUUCGUCAUGGUGCUUUCUACUUGGUAGUUCUUUGAUCAAAUGUAAUUAUAGUUCAACUGGGGGCUUUGUGGAUUUUGCAUCACAAAGAGCUAUUCUUUUGAUGUCACAACAGUGUUUAUUAUUUUUAACCACAAAUGUCUUAUUCUGAAAUACUCAAACCGACAUGGCACCACGGGCCUUAACCGAAACUUGUUCCUUUUUGUAGAAACAUAAACACGCAUCACACCGAGAUCACACUACAAUUAGGGUUCGAUGAAAAUACGAGCAGGAAUUGGAUGUGCCUUAAAGUGCAAAUAAACAGGUGAUUUAAAAUGU